AAGGAUUGAAGGUAUGAGCCAUGUAUGUAUGUAUCCUACCCCCGACUCAAGCACCGGUUGUCGUCAAACACCGCUUUUCAGCAAGCAAGAUCAGGAAUCGAGCUGCGCUACGCUUUGUGACGAUUUACCGCGUGAAUUUUACACUCUGUGAGAAAUCCCGUGAUGGGUUGAUGAUUAGAUCGUUUAUGAGAGUUGGGGACGCCGAGAAAAGGCGUGGUGAGGAAGCUUUGUGGAACUCGGAGAGUGGGUUGUGCACGUUGCGACGAUUUGCCAGUAAGAGGUGUGCUCUGCGAAAGCAUUGAGUCGAGGUUGCAGAAGAGGGGCGUGGGUUUACGUGGAUGGAGUUCGGUGGAGGGAAGCAGUUUGUUAGCUGCAGGUGGUAGUGGGCUCAAUCGUUUUCUGAUAUUCCAGUUAGGGGAUGCAUGGCUGAGGACGGUAGGUCAAGGAGGCCGAGGCGCAUAAUCCUCAUUAGGCAUGGGGAAAGUGAAGGGAAUGUUGAUUCAAAGAAGUACUGUGAUAUUGCGGAUCCAAGAAUCCGUCUAACUGAAGCGGGGGCUCAGCAGGCCAAGCAAUGUGGCGAAAAGAUACAAGAUAUGAUCAGGAAAGAAAGCAUAAAUGACGAGUGGCUUGUUUACUUCUAUGUGUCGCCAUACAACCGAACUUUGUGCACCUUGAAGGAGAUUGGACGAGCCUUCGAAAAUGAAAAAAAACAUAUUAUUGGCGUGCGUGAGGAGCCUCGCAUCCGUGAACAGGAUUUUGGAAAUUUUCAGGAAAUGCACAAAAUUACAGCAGUAAAGAAAGAAAGACAGCGAUUUGGGAGAUUCUUUUACAGAUUUCCGGAAGGCGAAUCAGCAGCGGACGUUUUUGAUCGCGUGACUAGUUUUUUGGAAAGUUUAUGGCGGGAUAUUGAUAUGAACCGUUUAAAUACAAGCGGCACCAAGCAGCAAGAGGUGAAUCUAGUUAUCGUAUCUCAUGGAGUAACGAUGAGGGUGUUCCUCAUGCGGUGGUUUAAAUGGACGGUUGAGCAGUUUGAGAAUCUUAGGAAUCCGAAAAAUUGUGAAAUUCGAGUCAUGCAACAGGGCGAAGGUGGAGAAUACAGUUUGCUAGUUCACCAUACCCGGGAGGAAUUGGAAGAGUGGGGACUUAAUGACGACAUGAUUAAGGACCAGGAACGGCGCAAAUAUGGAAAGAGGGAGAGAUGGAUCAAUGAUGAGUGUGUCGACCACUGGCCCUGGAGUGGUUUCCAAUUUUUUGAUACCUACAAGGAAACUGUAUGUACUAAUAAAGAGCUCGAACAACGUGAAGAAGAAAAAAUGACCAAGGACGAAGAAUGUUAUUUCAUGGUCAAUGGAAAUGGUCACGACAUCGAGUUAGACAAUUCUGAAACACCACUCGAUGUAGGUAGUACGCAUCCUGUCGAAUGAUGGGCAAGUAUUAACAUGCUUGCUAUUAUUCAAGGUAAAUGGUACGAGGCUUUUAGGUGCUGAUCCAGCUCGACGUGUCUGAUGGAAGUACCUACACAAGCGUCGAUAUUAGCUAAUUCUGGACACAAGUUGCCUUCCUCCAGUUCAGGCAUAGGUAUUCUUUGCAGAGGCUUCAGUCUUUUAGCAUAUCGUGAACACUUUAUUCUAACAACUGCAUUCUGUUCAAAUGGACUGAAUCCUCUGCAAGCCUGUACAUUCAGUCCUUCCCCGCUUAUAUUUUUGGAGAAUCGUUUAUGCUCUGGAGUGCACUGGUCCAGGAAACAUCUCCGGUUACUCAAAUAGCUUGUGUUGGCUGUGCACACAUUGCGUCAGAAUUGUGUUAUGUACCUGCAAUAGGGAUUGUACAUUGAACUACGGCAGUUGAGAAAAAAAAAAUUACAUUCUUUAUUUUU